AUACUGUGCAGCUGUGUACUUAAAUAAUGUUACUAUAUUGUACAUAAUACCUCAACAGUAAUUACUGUUAUGGCAUUAAAGCUGGGACAUUAAGCCCUGCAAUGCAGAGUCCUGUUAGUUGUGUGUUUGUACAGUGCCAUAGCUCCCAGAACUCUAGGGCACAGGUCUAUGAGUGGAGUAGCUGGGUGCAAUACCAAUAAAUAAUAAUAAAAAUAAAAUGCGGUGUUCUUGCUGAACCCAAGUGAAAUCCAAAUGAAAAGGGUUUGCCUGUGGAAACUACUCAGGAUUUGGGACAGCUGAAUCCUCACUCCCUGACAAACUCACAGCCUUUCCUGCAAUCAAUAGGUCUUAGUAGGGUAUGUGGCCUGCUACCUGUCCCCACCGAAGAUUCUUGGUGGCCUAAUGGAUUUAUGCUGUAAACCUGUCACCAAUCCUUUGUCCUGGGGCUAUUGGAAAGCUGUACACAGGGAUAUUUACAGUGAAAUGCAUUUUAAUUCCUUUGAAAUACAUGGGAUCGGGAGAGAUUUUUUGGAGGGUUUAAUGGAGGGAAAAAGCAAAUAUUUGGAUUUAGGAUUGUAUUGUCAUUAGGGACCUGUUUUAAAGCUGUUUUCUAUGUAAAGACGGAUUUUACUCUACAAAUUUAAAAGUCGAUAUUUAAGAAUCUCAUUAAUCAUUUACUUUGCAAAAAAAAAAAGCCUUUUCAAUUCUCCCUUCCCUAGCUUGAGAAUUUAAAAUGUCUCAUUGGUACAGCAAAAUAUCCUUUCUCACAAAAGAGAGAAAGAGACUUUAAACAUUGCCCUUAACAUUACAUCCCUCUUCUCUCAGUAAGGACGUAAGUCAGAGAAAAAAAGUGCUUUGCUGUUUAGGGGACUUUGCAAGACAGCUAUGUUUGGGGUCCUUCGCUGCAGCUGGAUUAAAGUAUCAUCAAAAGCUGUGUAUUAAGCCAUGGAGGCAGACGAGGGAUUGAUUCUCAACGUGAGCUCUCUGCCUUCCCCAUAUUUUCACCAUUCUGCAGGACACAAGAAGUUCCCCAAGACACUGCCCAACAAGGACAAGUGGCAAACAAAGGUUCCGAAAAGGAAGCUUCAGCAGGCAGAUGAAGGCACACCUUUCAAGCGGAAACGCAAGUUGUCAGCGUCCCCAAACAAGAAAUGCACCAAGGAGGCCAACAUCUGCAUGAAGGGAAAUUUGUCGUCAAAAUCUCCGAAGAAACCCUCGACUGACCGACAGAACGAGAGCCUAAGCAGCAGACCUUUCAUUAAGACAUCAUGUCUUUUUAAAAACAAUCCUGAGAUUCCAGAAAUUCACAGAGGGGGCGUGAAACAGGUGCAGGAAAAAGUUUUCACUUCGGAAUCUUUCAGCCAGCUGGACCUCCAUCCCCAUCUGGUUUCCACAAUAACCACUGUCUUGAAGAUGUCUAGUAUGACCAGUGUUCAGAAGGAAACUAUUCCUGUGCUGCUGAAAGGCAAGGAUGCACUGGUGAGGUCCCAGACAGGUUCAGGUAAAACUCUUGCUUAUGGCAUCCCCCUCGUUCAGUCUCUGCAGGGAACGAAGUCAAAAAUAAAGCGCAGCGAUGGGCCUUACGCGCUUAUCUUAGUUCCAACAAGAGAGCUAGCCCUACAGAGCUUUGAUACUGUCCAGAAAUUGCUGAAGCCGUUUACCUGGAUUGUGCCGGGUGUGCUAAUGGGGGGAGAAAAGAGGAAGUCUGAAAAAGCCAGAUUACGCAAAGGAAUAAAUAUUCUCAUUUCAACUCCUGGCCGCCUGGUCGAUCACAUCAAGUCCACAAAGUGCAUUCACUUCUCUCGUAUCCAGUGGCUGAUUAUGGAUGAGGCGGACAGGAUCCUGGACAUGGGCUUUGAGAAGGAUGUGACCGUGAUUCUCAAUGCUUUAAAUACAGAGAGCGAGAGACGGCAGAAUGUCCUGCUCUCAGCCACGCUCACAGAGGGAGUAACGAGGUUGGCCGAUAUCAGUUUGCACGAGCCCGUGAGCAUCACUGUGGUGGAUGAAACCUGGGACAGAAACACACCAAAGCAGGAAUCCAUUUGUUCCCCGGCCGGAGUGGAAGAAGAUGGCUUUGCCAUACCAGAGAAGCUCCAACAGCAUGUGGUGGUGGUUCCCAGUAAACUGAGGCUUGUCACACUAGGAGCUUUUAUCCUGGGGAAGUGCAAGUUUGAAAAACACCACAAGAUGAUCAUUUUUUUCUCCAGCUGUGAGCAAGUGGAAUUCCACUACCAGCUCCUCCUAAAAGUCCUGCUGGGAGGCCAAGAGGCUAAAGAGCCUGAGCGUUUGCCACACCCCUCUUCACACGUAAAGUUCUUGCGACUACACGGCAACAUGGAACAGGAGGAAAGGACAGAGGUGUUCCAGAAGUUCUUACAAUGCAAGACGGGCACCUUACUGUGCACUGAUGUUGCAGCACGAGGAUUGGACCUGCCUCGGGUCACGUGGAUUGUUCAGUAUAAUGCUCCAGCGUCGCCUGCGGAAUACGUCCACCGAAUUGGGAGGACGGCUCGGAUUGGCUGUCACGGGAACAGCUUGCUCGUCCUGACUCCUUCGGAGGCAGAAUAUGUCAACUCGCUGGCUUCUCACAAGAUUAACGUCUGUGAAAUGAAGAUGGAGGAUAUUCUAUCAAGCCUACUGAAAGAUGAUCGUUUCAAGGGUCGCCAAUGGGGAAACAAGAAAUCCCAUGGCACAAACCCCCAGGAAGUGCGGGAACGGGCGACAGUCUUGCAGACGGAAUUUGAAAAUUAUGUGCACUCCAGUGAGGGAACUGUCCGGUGGGCAAAGAAAGCUCUGCAGUCCUUCCUUCGCUCCUACACCACCUACCCCAAGACCCUGAAGCACAUCUUCCACAUCAAAUCCCUCCACCUGGGCCAUGUGGCGAAGAGUUUUGGGCUGAGAGACGCUCCUCAGAACCUCAGCGCCUCCAUGGCUGCUAGUCCGGGAAAGAAAACCAAACCGAAACCAAAAAGGCCUGACCUUCGCAGGAAAACCCCAGGCAAACGCCGCCUAGCUGAAAUCUUGCGAUCUGAAUACUCCAGUGGGAUAGACUCUGGUAUAUCCAGGGUCAAGAGAAGGAAGAGACAUGGAAAACCUGACAACCAGAAAAUGCAGAGCUGAACUGGGAGUUUCAAGCCCUUUGCUGCAGAAACUGAUUCUGGAAAACCCAUGGGACAGAAGGCAAAGUGACAUGCAACGCAAACUGAAAUGCACUAGAAUUUAACAGGGAAUUUUUAAAAGGCUAAGCCCCCAGAAGACCUCAACAGGGCAGAAAUCAAACAUGCCCUGUUCUCAGUCAAGAUUGCUCCAUAGCCAAUAAAUACAGCUUGAUGAAGGUGUACAAAGUUUCUAAAUUUUGCAGUUUUAAACCAGGACCUUUGGUUUUUGUAAAGAAAAUUUGGAGUGGUCACAUGAACUGUAGAGGGAAAUGUGCAACUACCAGAAUAUGAAGUGACCAUCAGAUGGGUUAAGAUAGGAGCUGAGUUUAUUGGGGCAAUUACAAUGUUUAAAAAGGAACCAAUUGUUUAAUUUAUUUUUCGUAGAGAAAGGUGAAGUAGUGCAGAGUGUAUCAGUCCUUAGUUGCUUAUUCUUACUAUGCAAACCUAAGCCUGACCUGAACGAAGUGAGAAGUGGGGGUCCCAGAUCUGAAUGUCAAAACUCCCAUUCACUUGGGAGCAAGAUUGUAUGUAAAUAGCCAGAGGACCACUCUUCCAUUCCCUACUCCUGUCUCAGGCAAAAUGUGGAGGUAAGAUUUAGACCCAUGUAAUAGGUCUUCCUUCUCAGCACAAAGAAAAGGCUUGUGAAGAGCAUUUCUAACCCUUAAUGGGACCAUCAUUUUGUAGCACACUUUAUUGCUCAUUCUGAAAAGCACAUUGAUUGACUUCAGCUGUUUCUUGCAUCGGUCAAGCGUAUUUAUUUCCUUCUCCUUUUCCGCAGUAUAUUCUGGGCUAAUGGAUUUGUCUCCUUGUGUUCUCCUGUUUCCUUUGACGUGGAAAAACACAACAUGAAUUUUUUCCUUC